AUGCCUGCCUGGUUCCCCGACCCCAGACGCAUCGUCACCGGCCACAACGAGCAGGGCAAGGCCGUCGUCGUGGCCGACGGGCCGGUGCCCUGCCUGCCGACGCCCCUGGGCGCCAACUUCGCCGUGCUGUACGAGACGCACGAGUUCCCGGCGUCCAAUGACGAAUGGGUCGACCCGACCCAGGUCCGGACAAAGGACCUGGCGAAUGGCAAGGGCGUCGUCCUCCGGGUUGUCGACAUCCCGCCGAAUGUGGAGAAGGCAGGGAUGAUGUUCCAUCGAACCGAGUCGCUGGAUUUCGGCAUCUUGUUCAGCGGGGAACUGAUUUGUCACCUUGACGACGAUGUUGAGAUUCACAUGAAGCCAGGCGACGUCUGCGUUCAGCGCGGCACAAUACACGGAUGGACCAACAACACAGACAAGCCUGCGCGAAUCUACUUUAUCCUAUCCGCUGCCAAACCCGUCACUAUCAAUGGACAAUCAUUGACGGCCGAGGGAUAUUCCAAGGAAGAUGUCCAGUCUGGAGGCCAUUCGAACUAG